CUAUCGUUUACGACGGACUACACCACGGCUUCAGCUCGAGGCAUACACUAUUAUGCUUACUUGAUUAACCCACCUUUGGCUCGCUCCCACUUAAUGAUCUGCUGCCCCCCCCACGAUACCCGUGGACGCACACGAGGCCCCGGAUCACCACUUGCCCCCUCGCACGAAAUACUGCGUCUGGGCCAACACCCCGUGUACACAGAGGGACGGAUACAACCACGCUCCCCCCAGUCGUUUGAUAACAGCAUCCCGCCAUCACCACCACCACCACCAUCGCUAAAUCGCUCGUACGAGCAUUUACUGCUUUUAGAACAAAGUCCGCGGCUUAUCCGCGCGUGUGGGAAUGGCUCUAUCUAUGGACUCUGCCCUGUGACGUCAAGAGCGUCCCAGUGGGCCCUCUCGACCUUCUCGGGAUUCAAGGUCCAGACAACCUUCUCUCGAACUAGCUGCCGAGAAGGUUCCGCUAUUCUGACAUCAAGCCCGUCAUACUUUGCAGCGCUCGCACAAUAUACCGACCGAGAAAAACGUGAAGCCUCAGAAUUCAAGGGUCCAUACGGGUGGCAAGAACGCAGGCCGAUCGACCGUUAGCGUCCCGCGCUCCGCACUAGCUCCCGGAUCUAACGUCGCUCUCCUUCCCAUGCUGCAUGUGCAUAGACCGUGCGCACGACGUAAUUCUGGU